CCUCCCGCGCGCUGGGAAGAGAUGUUCGCUCUCCUCCACAAGAUCCGCACGACUCCCGGCUCCCCCGCGGCGAACGCGGCCGUGGACACCAUGGGCUGCGAGCGGCUCGCCCUGCCCACCGCAUCCGCGCGAGACCAGCGCUUCCAGACGCUGAUAGCGCUCAUGCUGUCCUCGCAGACCAAGGACACGACCAACGCGGCCGCCAUGCACCGCCUGCACACAGAGCUGCCCGCCGCCGCGCCAGCCUCUUCCCCGUCGGCCAACCCAUCAUCUCCCAGCACCACGCCGGGGCUGAACCUCGAAAACAUCCUGGCCGUCGACCCGGCCAAGCUCAACGAGCUCAUCUGGGCGGUGGGCUUCCACAACAACAAGACAAAGUACAUCAAGGCCGCGGCCGUCAUCUGCCGCGACGCCUGGGGUGGCGACAUCCCCGACACGUUCGAGGGCCUGGUCUCCCUGCCCGGGGUCGGGCCCAAGAUGGCCCAUCUCACCUUGUCGGCGGCCUGGGGUCGCACCGAGGGCAUCGGCGUGGACGUCCACGUCCACCGCAUCACCAACAUGUGGGGUUGGACCGGGAAGGCGGGGACGAAGCAGCCCGAGGACACGCGGAAGGCGCUCGAGGCGUGGCUGCCCCGCGACAAGUGGCGCGACAUCAACUGGCUGCUCGUCGGCUUGGGGCAGACGGUCUGCGGGCCCGUCACCAAGAGGUGUGGAGAGUGCGGGAUCGGUUUGGCCGGCUUGUGCAGGGCGGCGGAUCGGAAGAAGAUUAAUGCUGCUAGGCGG